CCUUUGUUUAGUCACGAGGCGUUAAACGUCGGCGAAAAUCGCCGGCGAAAUUCGUCCCGGUGUGAACAGUCCUUUACACUUUCAUGACGUCCCUAAGAUGCACUUCCUCUCUACGACCCUCCACGGACCCGGACCCACAGGUAAAGCCCCCAUAUAGGUGCACGUGACCAAAAACACCUGAAAAGUUAAUUCUACAGGAUACUGAGUUUUGGAUGCAGUUUGAUAUUUCAGCAAUUUGCUCCCUGCAUUUUGCUCUUCCUGACCUGUUUUAAUCAUGUCAAAAAGUACAUUUCUGCAACGCUCGACUUGCACAUGUCAAACUAGGCUUCUUCAGACUUGAGUAAGCAAACCCCUUCCACAUCACCACUGCACUGCCUUCAGUAUGGUACGAUAUAGAACAUUGUUGAAGCCAUUAUGUGUGGUCAGAGCAGGUUUAGGGACUCAGCAGCCACAGAAGGACCAAUAUUUAGAUUGGCUGCAGUCCUCACAAGCUUUCUUUUUAGCUUAAUCCCAGCUCAAACAUGUAUUAACAGAAUUUAAAAGAAAGAGAAAAAAAACUCAAACAUGUCAGUCACAUAGCAUAGAUGUGGCAUCCUAUGCAGAAGGGAAAACGGGUGCGUCCUGCGCCGACAGCAGCCGUUUCCAUCUACAUAUGUGACAUUCAGGUCUGCCAUCCAUCAUCUCUGCUUUUCUUUUAUUUACCUUCAACUCAACAGAUUUGGACUUCUAUGCUGUGUAAAGACAGGUAAUAUGUCAGGUAGUCACUACACCCUCAGGCUAAGCAAAUCCUUGUUUACUCCCGCUCGGCCGCGCUCCGCAGAAGACAAAGCCUCUUCAGUGCCAUGUGAGGGAUGUCGGUCAGUUUGCUGAAAGUCAUGGGGGAACACUACAUCUCUGUUUUGACUUUCUGCUGGACCUAUAUAAGGAGCUGGAGGACAGACCCAAGUCAUCACCUCCUGAGACAGCAGGUAUGUUCGUUCAGAGCUCUCCUCGAGCUCAGGGGUCUCCAUCAGGCAGAUAGCUUUGUUAGGGGGAAGACCAGUAUGACUUUCACUGUAAAAAAACAACUUAUGUAGGUAUUUUUACUAUUAACUACAUUUGCAAGCUUGUCUUGUCUUCAGAGGUGUCUUGUGUCUGGUUUUUGGGACAAUGCUCGUCGCGUUGGUUUGCAUCCUGACCCUGCAGGGGGUGCGCUCUGCCUGUGUCCUGAAAGACAUUUGCCCAGAAGACACCGCGGUUCAGGCUGAAAUUGUGGAUGUGCACAACGCCUUCAGGAGGGCAGUGGAGCCGCCUGCCGCUGACAUGCUGAUGAUGAGUUACAGCGAGGAGUUGGCAGUCUCUGCUCAGGCUUGGGUUGACAAAUGUGUUUUGGACCACGGACCCCCCAGCUCCAGAAUGCUCAACGGAUAUGAAUUAGGUGAGAAUCUGUUCUAUUCAACCUCCCCAAUGUUAUGGAAGUCCAUCAUCAACGCCUGGUAUAAAGAGGUGUCGCACUUCGCUUUUCCCAACGCAUCCACUAAUGGAAAACCAGUCGGCCACUACACCCAGGUGGUGUGGAACAGCUCGUACAAAGUUGGCUGUGGAGUGACUCUCUGCUCCAACAACAUCUAUCUCUACGGCUGCCAUUACUAUCGCGCUGGAAACUUUAAGAGGUGGCCCCCCUACAAGGUUGGAACCCCGUGUGCUUCCUGUCCAAACGACUGCGUGGACAAACUCUGCACCAACCCCUGUCCCUAUAUAAACCGCUUCCUGAACUGCCCGGCCAUGAAAGCCUUGGGUGGAUGUCAAAACCCCCGCGUGUCCUCCUGGUGUCCUGCGUCAUGCAAAUGCUCCUCUGAGAUCAUUCCAGUCUACUAGACUGAAGUGUGCCGCCAGUGCUGUGACAUGCACGGGACUUAUCAUGAUGACACAUGGAAAAAUAAAGCACAGCUCAUUUUCUUGUCAUCCUUGAAGGGACGUACUGGAGUUUUUCUUUCAACAAAACGUAUUUAUUUUCAGAUCCUUUUGGGGGAAAAAGAAAAUCCUGAUUUGAAGGUUUGAGAAUGAAGAAAUAUGGAAUAUGAGCGAAACGUUUUUCAGGUUGUGUUGCUACCAUCUAGUGGUUUCAAAGCUUAAAGAUAAAAAAAUGAUAACUUUUUUACUAGUUUAGAAUAAGCUUAAAUGGAUGUCCAUCAAUGGCUAGCUUGGCAGGUUAGUCAUAAAAAUGAUUUAUGCCACCCAAAGUGUGAAAGAAGAAAACUGUAGAGAAUUUCAUUUAAAGUGUAAGUUUCCAUUAAUAUAAAAAAAUAUGAUGAUUUAACUUUUAAAAUAGUUUUUUUUUGGGUAUUUAGUUUUCAGAGGCUAAAUGUUUGUGCAUUCACAUUGACUUCACUUCAUAUUGAUACUUGACUUUCUAACAAAUCCUAAAUUCUUCUGCAGAAACGUGACAUUUUAAUGGACUUCAAACAAUUAAAGAAAGAUAUUCAACA